UGGAACGCUAUUAUUUUUCAAAGGCUAACUUUGAAAAUAUUGCUAUUACAAAAAAUUUAUCUUACCCUUUUAACGUUGUCUUUUUAGUAUACCUAUACAUAUUUACAUAUAAGAAAAAGUCUUUCUUCGAUUUUUCUUUAUACUUUUCUGGAAAUAAGAAGAAAUUUGAAAACUUAUAAAUAUGGAUGAUCGAAUUUUAGAAGCUUCAUUGUAUACAAUUAAAGCUGUUGCAAUCCUUGAUAAUGAUGGUGAAAGAAUCAUAUCACGUUACUAUGAUGAUACAUUUGCAACUGUUAAGGAACAAAGAGAAUUUGAAAAAAAUUUGUUUCAAAAAACAUCCAGACAAAAUGCUGAAAUAAUAAUGUUGGAUGGGUUGACAGUAGUCUACAGAAGUAAUGUUGAUUUAUACUUUUAUGUCAUGGGCUCCCAAUACGAAAAUGAGUUAAUUUUGGUAAGUGUCUUGAAUGCUUUCUUUGAUGCAGUCAGCACUAUGCUUCGCAAAAAUGUUGAAAAGCGGUUUUUAAUGGAUCAUCUGGAUGUAGUACUCUUAGCAAUAGACGAGUUAGUUGAUGGAGGGGUAAUAUUAGAAGCUGAUUCCAACAACAUUGUCCAAAGAGUCGCUGUUAAGACUGAUGCAGACGUUCCAUUAACAGAGCAAACUGUUGCACAGGUUUUACAGUCGGCCAAAGAACAAUUAAAAUGGUCACUUUUAAAAUGAAGUUGUGAUUUUUUUUUUGUAUUGUAAACAUAGGGCAUUUAAUUUUUAACAACAAAAACAAAAAUGUUUAGUAAAUAAAAUUAUUUUUUUCUGGAAAAUAUUCAAAUAGUUAAUAACAAACCAUUGGGAAUAAGAAAAAUUUGAAAAAGAAAAAAAAGAA